AUGGAUUUAGUUCGAAAGAAUUUGGGGUUUGAUUACGGGGAAUUUAUUCUGUCGGAAGGGAUAGCUGGUGGUUUUUGUUUCCUUUGGAGAGCUGAUGCCAAUAUUAAAGUUCUGAGAAUACGCAAUUCUCCCUUUGAAUGUCGUCUGUGGGAGCCUCAAUGUCAAAAGUUUUGGACUUUGUUUGCGGUGUAUGGCCCCCCUUACGACGAUGAGAAGGCUUGGUUCUGGGAAGAAUUUACCAGCUAUGUUUCGAAGGAAGAGGAUCUGUUGGUGGUUAUGGGUGAUCUAAAUGUGAGUUUGAACAGAGAAGAUAAGAUUGGAGGGAGACGGUUUGUGGAGAAGGAUGGGGAGAUCCUUCAGUCUUUCCUCGAUUGCACAAGGGGAGUGGAUUUGGGUUUUAAAGGUUGUAAGUACACUUGGCAGAACAAGCGAUUUAAAGGGGGUUUAAUUCGGGAACGGAUUGAUAGAGCCGUUGUUAACACUGAGUGGCUCUCAAUUUGUCCUAAUGGUGGAGUUCAUAAUCUGCCUAUUGUGGCCUCUGACCAUGGGCCUCUAAUUCUCUAUACGGAAAUGAAAAAGGGUAGAGGAUCACGGGUUUUCCGCUUUUAUGAGGCAUGGUUGCGUGAAAGUACAUGUAAGGAGGUGAUCAUGGAUACUUGGAAGCUGAGUGAAAAGGGCAGAGGGAGAAAUUCGUUGGUGAUGUAG